AUUAAUUUUAUGUCACAUGUGGUCCGUGCAGAAAAAAACGAUAACAUGUAAGAUCUCUUCGCCAUUUAUUGGAGUUCAGUAUAGCAUAAUAUCUUUCUAUUAAAUAAAUUCCUCCAAUUCUCAUGGCUCACAGAGUAUAUUGGGCAUAUUUUUGUGUUUUAUUAAAAUUUGAUACUUACACAAGUCAGUGGAUUUACAUAAUUUUCAUUAAUCCAGUUCACAUGCAAAUUACCUUUGUAUGAAUUAAAUUACUUAAUCAUAACAACUUCAUCAUAUCAAUUUUCUGUAAUCAUAAUAAUAGAUAAUUACAAACAAUGUUUUUGUGUUGAAUAUAAAUAAUUAAAGACCGACAAUUUGUGACGUGUAUAUAUCUAGUAAAGAAAUUUAAAAAACAAUUGCGAAUUACAUAUUAAAAAAAUUAUUUUAUAACUUUAUCACUGCUGGCUGUAACUUAAAAUAAAAUGGAACAACUUGCCGGCGAAGUAGGGUUACCUACCAUGACGUUCACUUAUUUGGAAGAAGAAUUCAGUUCCGACGAUUUGAAAGCAUUUGUCAAAAAAUUUAAAGAAAUGAGAAUCAAGUUAGGGGUUACUCAUUUCGAUGUGGGAUUAGCUCUUGAACCCCUUUGUGGGACAUCGUUCAGUCAAACGACAAUUUAUCGGUUCGAGGCGAUGCAGCUGAGCGUUAAAAACGCAUUAAAAUUGAAAUUGCUCCUACAAAAAUGGAUGGAGGAAGUGGACCCCACGAUCCCAAGCGCACAAACCUCAGCCGGAAAAAUUAACACGAAAAUGAAUCGGCUUAAUAGACAGCUUCGGAGUCGUCUGUUUUGCACACAUCUUGAGGGGAAAUCAUUUCAAGGAAUCAUGCAUACUUUCUCAUUUGCCCCUUCGAUGGAUAUUUUACUCCAAGGUUUCCGAUUUUUCGGACCGCACUCUUCCUCCCGAGAGAAUACUAAAAUUGAAUACUUUGUCACCAUUAAAAUCAAUCAAAGAGUACCUGACAAGCCACUCGGAAUUCCAGAAUUAAUCUGGAACUCACUUUUUGGCGGGAGACGAAGCAUUCCUUCCAUGCAACACGUGCUCAUGGAGGAAACCACUUUUCGUCGCGGACUAAUCCGGGGUCAAGAUCAUAUCGACCUUCAGCUUCCCGAACCUAUUAAUGUGGCCAAAAGUAAAUGGGUGGAUGUGCACUUCGAACUUGAUGGUGUUACGACAGAAUACCUGCAUCAAGCAGAAGUUUAUCGAACCAUGCUGUACGAAGACAAAAACGGGAUUUUGUUCCAUACAUUAAUUGGGAGUCGGCAAUUAACAGACAUUGUGUUCACACUUAAUGAUGAUAGCAUUUAAGUGAUGAGGUUGGGGUAACUAACUGUCAAAUAUGUCAGAAUAAAAAAUACUCAUAAAUAUAUGUAUGCAAAUAUGACAUAUGCUUUCAUACCAA